UCUAUCGCCUUCGAGUGCACAAUGAGUUCACUUGCUAUAUCUAAGUUCUUCCUCCUUUUCUUGGUCUGGUAUGCUUCAAUUUCUCUUACCUCUUCUUCCAGUGUGCCUGAUGAGUAUACCUUUUCGGACCUAGAUCUGGACAAAUUCAUUUCCGACAAGCAAGUGUUCCAUCUAUUCCAAAUCUGGAAGAAGGAGACUGGACGAGAAUACCAAACCCUCGGAGAGGAGGCGGUAAGAUUUCAAAUCUUCAAAAGCAACUUGAAAGAGAUCAGAGAGAAAAAUGCAGCAAGGAGGUCACCCAGUGACUAUAGCUUGGGUUUGAACAAAUUCUCAGACAUGACAUACGAAGAGUUCAGCAAACUGUACUUGCACGAGACAGAGGAACCCGUAAUGGAAAUCAACAAUAGCAAAAUGAUGUUCAAUGACGCAUCAUGUGCAAAUGCACCCUCUUCUUGGGAUUGGAGGACCAAAGGAGCUGUAACUCAUGUUAAAGACCAGGAAAGCUGUGGUUCUUGUUGGGCAUUCUCUGCGACCGGGGCUAUAGAAGGAAUAAAUCAGAUAGUCUCUCAAUCGCUUCCAGAAGUAUCUGAGCAACAGCUUGUAUCUUGCGCUGCAAGUCAAGGCUGCAAGGGAGGGUGGUACGUCAACGCAUUUAAAUAUGUCAUUGACAAUCAUGGUAUUGCCUCAGAAGAAACUUAUCCCUAUGUAGCUCAAGAUAGUGCUUGCGAUAUCUCGAAGGCUGCAAACACAAUCGCUACUAUCGAUGGCUAUAAUUAUUGGGCUCACAGUCCUGUAUCUGAAAAUUCUCUCCGCUGUUAUGUUUACAAGCAACCUAUUAGUGUUUCCAUAUAUGCAAGCCCGCAUUUGAAGUCCUACAAAAGUGGAGUCUUUAAUGGAGAUGAUUGCUCGGGCAUCGUUUCAUGCAAACAUAAUCAUGCUGUAUUAAUCGUAGGAUAUGGUUCAUCAGGGGAUGGUCAAGAUUAUUGGAUUGUUAAGAACUCAUGGGGAUCCAACUGGGGACGAAGUGGUUACAUAUUCAUCAAAAGAAACACCGGUGCUACGGAGGGAGUAUGUAACAUAAACUGUUCUGGUUCAUACCCAACCAAAGGGAAGAAAGAAGCACCUGCCUUGAGGCUUGCAACUUCCAUGUGAAGCACGCCCUCCGGGAAUAAUAAAUUAAGCCAGGCAAUAUAAAGCUGUGUGAAGGACACCAGUUAGGUGUUGUACCAUGCUUGUAUUGGGUAUAAAUAAAUGGCAAAUGAUUUGCCGCGGAAUAAAUAAGCCAGGCGAUAUAUAGGCCCUGUUUGUUAUCAUGAUAAAAAUCACUUAUAAGCACAUUUCACGUAAGUUGAUGUAAAAUUUCUAUCACAUAUUUACAUUGUAUUCUGUAAAUCACUAUCAAAAAGUUACUUAUAAGUUGUUCCAAACGGGCCCAUAGUUGUGUGAAGUACACUACUUUUGUGUUGUACUAUGCAUGUAUCGAGAAUAAAUAAAUGGCAAACAAUUUGCUGAGGAAUAAAGCUUAUGUAUGUUUAAUUAA